AUGUCGUUCUUCGGUCGAGCCGCGAAAUGGUUGCCUAUUGCAGUCACGGCUCUCCUCAUCAGCACAGCAGUCGUCCUGCUCCUAUCAACUACUCCCUCUCAGCACGGCAUCCCCACCUUUGACCUCCCACGCGUUCAAGCCAGCACGCCCGUUGAAGGAAGCAAGCCCGUUCACAGCAGCACGCUCGUUCAAGCCGGUGUUCCAGAGCCGUCCGAUCUCCACCAAACAGCAGCUCCUGUCCGUGGAUCUUCUCAAGCAGUAUCCGACCCAUCUAUAGAACCCCCUACUCUCCACUCGCGAACUCCCCACCCAGACCCCAUAAAACCGAUCAAUCCCCACCAGGAAGCAGAAGACCCAGACACAGACCCAUGGCUCGAGAGCCUGUGUCUGGGGAAGCAGAACAAAGGCUGCGAUCCAGAUCCGAACAUAAGAGGCACAGGCCCUCGGGCUGGUAGGGGUAAGGGAGGAGUUGGAGUUCAAUGGGUGGAGCCGGUGAGAGAUGAGCCUCAGUCGGAGAUAGAGGCCAUUUGGGCCGCUCAUACCGCCAAACAUAUUGGUGCGACUUUCGAGAAUUCUCAAAAGUCGCUUCAAUGGGUAGAGCCGGUAGGAGAUGAGCCUCAGUCGGAGAUAGAGGCCAUUUGGGCCGCUCAUACAGCCAAGCACCUGCUGUUCGGGAAGGUGCACCAGCCCAGACGUCCGGCAGAGGCUCGGGAGGAGGUUCGGGAAGAGGCUCGGGAAGAGGCUCGGGAAGAGGCUCGGGAGGAGGUUCGGGAGGAGGUUCGGGAGGAGGUUCGGGAGGAGGUUCGGGAGGAGGUUCGGGAGGAGAAGCGAGAGGAAGAGGAGGGGGAGACGGAGGCAGGAGAGAAGGAGCCUUGGCACAUCUCGUCGUUUUCCACUCACAUUGGGCUGUCCAGAGACAUUCACCUCUCCUCCUCCACCGUCAAUCGGAGAGUCAUAGCAGUGAAAAAGCCGCCCCCACCGAAGAAAAAUCCCCCGCCCAGACCCGCCACCUCAACUAGAAAACUCCCCCCCCCGCCUCCGCCAAGAAGAUCCCCGCCUCCCCCCCGUCCCCCGCCCCCUCGCCCUCCCUCUCCCCCCCGCCCUCCUCCCCCUCGUUCCCCGCCCCCUCGCCCCCCACCCCGCUCCCCCCCUCCUCGUCCCCCUCCCCCAAGCCCACCCCCCAGCCCUCCCCCCAGUCCGCCUCCCCCGCCCGGGCCAAGGUGCGAGGGCAAGUGCUGCUCCAACGCUGCUCCCGCGCUCGCCCCCGGCGUUCCCAAGAUGACGUCCCUGUGGCUCAGCAGCCAGCUGGCACACGGGGCUAGGGUGAUAGUGCGCACCAAGACAUGGGGCACGUGGUGGGCAGCAGCAGACGGGGUCAACUGGGAGGGGCGCAUAGGCCGGGUCUUUUCCACGCCCAGUGCCUCACAGGCGCUCACCAUCAUACGGGUCUCAGACACUGAGUUCCAAUUCCUGACUCCCAGCAACACGCUCCUAACCAAGGCUCCAUCCAUGUUCCUGGAAACCACCAGCAACGCAUCGGACCCGCUAACAGUGUUCACCAUCGAGUAUAUCCCCGACACCGUCUACGUGGUCUUCAAAUCCUCCGAUGGAUGGUACAUCUCACAGAAUGGCGAAAGUGGCCCGCAGUUCUGGUGGCAGGGGGAGCCGGGCGACUGGGAGCGGCACGACGUGAGGGAGAUCAUGUGGGUGCCGGCGAUUCGGGGGGCGAAUCUGGGGUCGUGGCUCAUGACUGAGCCGUGGAUGAACCGAGAGGCGUUCAAGUUUGCUGGUUAUGGUGAUGGCACCCGGUUCACUCUUCGCUCGGUGAUAUCGGGCCAAUACGUCUCCGCACCCGGUGGCGGUGGAACAAUUAUGACUUGCAACGGCUCCCUCAACAAGGACACCUACCUUCACCUCACCACCGCUCGAAACGCCUCCUCCAACACUCGCAGAAUAUCCGUGCAGUGGCUGCAGUACUGGGCUGUGCGGGACAACUCACCCAACAUCUGGGUCCAAUCCACAGAACCCGAGGGCGCAGCGAGCAACUUUGAGCUGUUUAUAUUCGGCACGCCACUGAAUUCAUCAACGGAGCAGAGGGGUGGCAGUGUGCGCGUGCUGCUGCGCGCUCCCAACGGCCUCUUCGUCCAGGCCAACCCAGACGGCUCCCUCACUGCUGAUCUUAUGGACUCCCUUGACAACGACGCCAUCUGGAGCAGCGCUGCUGCCUUCGACCUCACUGUGCUGUGGCGAGUGGAGGCGGAUUGGCAGGCAGCCUACACAGCCAGCACAGCAGCACCAUCGAUCUACGAGAACAUUCGCCGAAACUUCAUCACAGAAGCCGACUGGCAGAAAAUGCAGGAGCUGGGGAUCAACACAGUGCGCAUCCCCCUGGCCUACUGGAUCGGCCUCGACGCCUCCCCUGAGUUCCCCUUUGUGCCCGGAGCGGCGACGUACCUGGACUGGGCGUUUGAUAUGGGGAGGAAGUAUGGAGUGAGGAUUUGGUUCAGCGUGCAUGUGGCGCCGGGGUCGCAGGCGGGCAAGGGGAAUGCGCGGGACGGGCUGAUUCGCUGGCGAGGGGCGAAUAUCAACCGCACGCUCGACUUUGUCACUUGGCUUGCUGACAGGUACGGUGCCGACCCUAUGUGGCUGGGCAUGGGGCUGCUGAACGAGCCGGUGGUGCCGGGGGCCAACGGGUACGCGGGGGUGGAUCUGGAGGACAUGCGGGGGUACUACUCGGCGGCCUUCAACGCCAUCCGCGCGCGCUGCCUGUGCUGCUUCGUGGCCAUGGAGGGCCGCGUGGGCAGCAACUUUGGCGACGUGAUGUGGCACAUGAGCGACGCGUGGCACAACAACGUGAUCCUGGAGCAGCACAUCUACGAGGUCUUUGGCAACUUCUUCAGCUCCCAGGGCGUCAACUUUGAACUCGAUUACGCCUACACCACCCGGGUUAACAAUAUCGUCAGCUUCCAAGAGAAAGUGGGGCGGCAGCUGCUGGUGGGGGAGUUCUGCAAUGCGAUGGGCAACCCUGCAACACCGGAGCAGCAGGCCAACUUCUCCCUCGGCCAAAUGAAAGCAUUCAGUCACGCCAAGGCUGGCUGGUUCUUCUGGUCCUGGAAACUCAACACCACCGGUACGCACCACUGGCAGUUUGUCAACAGUUACGAGCGAGGCUGGUUGCCCAAAAAACCUGAUGGCAACUGUGCCAUCAAGCUGUGUGCUGCAGUGGUGGCUCUUCAGAGAGUGGCAGAGUUCCAAGCUCAAGGCGUGAACGUAUCGUUGAACUCGCCUCUCUCCUUCCUCCCUCUGUACCCCGGAGACAAGGAGGAGAGCCUUGACCCGUCGAACUUGAACGGAGAACAUAUCACCAUCGCUCAUGAGAUCAGAAAGAUGCUCCUGGUUUCUAGCAACACGGCAUACAACCGGCUCUAUGCCUUGAUAGGACAAAGGCGACUCAAUGAAGCCAUGCACUCCCUGGGUCUCUGUUCCGCGCACCUCUCCCACCGCCUCUCCAUCCACCUCUCUCCUCUUGACAACCGGCGCUGCGAGCCCGUGCAAGUGGGCUUGGAAAGUGGAGCCAAUGCUUCCGCAUUCUGCUUUCCUCCCAAGUGCAGCAGUCAUGAGCUGCCUCCGGUAGGGGGAGUGGAGGGGCUGCUGGUUGGGCGUGCUUAUAUCGAUGCCGAUGGCACCAAGGUCAAUGCGCCCUUGGACUUCUCCCUCAAGAAUCGCUUGACUCUCGUUGACCUGCAGAACCUCCUCGUGCUGCUCAUGCACCCAGACAUACAGCUGCCGGGCUGCCAGCCAAUCGGAUUGGACGAGGGGCACAGGCUGCUGCUGCUGGAGGCCAUGAGGCAGUACCCACGGGAAUCCCGCAACCCCAGAUAUGCUGACAAGAAGUACACGGAUGAUUACUGCAAGUUUUUUCUGCCCGGACUGUGCCGAGUGCGGCCAAAGGAAGCUCUGCGCGUCUACAACAAGAUUGGGCAGGCGUUUGGCUUCACUAUUGAUAAUGCCUAUAUUCUCGACAUAGAGACGGGAAGGGAGUUCUUCCUCUCUCUUGUUCUUUACACCAAUGAAAAUGGCUGUCUGAACGACGAUAAGUACGAGUAUGACCUGGCGUAUGACGUGGCGGCUGAUGUGGCAGAGGCCAUUGCCAGGGCCCUGUGGGAUGAUAAGAACAUGACUCGAGGCCAGGAUGAUGUGGCAGCUAACGCGGUUGCUGAUGCGCCCGCUGAUGCAUCAGCUGAUUUAGCAGCUGACGUAUCAGCUGACGUCGCAGGUGACGUAUCAGCUGACGUGGCAGCCGAUGUUGCAGCUGAUGCAGCAGCUGAUGCAGCAGCUACUACUUCGAAGACAAAGUCUUCGGAAAAAGGGCAUCUUCCUCUCUCCCAGGCAUCCAUAUCACCUGGAGCCUCAGAUUCCUCUCAAGUUUCACAUGUCCCAGCCUCCUGCUGUUUUGAACCACCUCAAAAAUGUAUGCCUGACCCUGUCGCUUGUCUAUCACCGACGCCAGCCACAGAUUCUUCUCAAGUUUUGGACGUGCCAGGUUCACCUGUCAACGCACAGAGCCUCAGCAGCAAGACCCCGCUCCCUGUAUACACUUUCUUCGUUGAUGAAUGA